AUGGCUGUCGACAGCGAUGAGGAUUACUCCCAAGGUGAAGCUGAAGACAAUGGUGUCCCUCGCGUGUUGGAUCCAUUUGAUGAUAGCGAACCGUCAACGGAUGACGACGAAGAAACAAUUGCAGAUCGACGGAAUUGGCGUAGGAAUGCCUGGAGAACAUAUAAGUUGAGCAAUCCAUGCUCGAUAUUAUUCUUGCCAGAAGAAAAUCGUUUCAUUGUGCUCAACGAAGCUGUGAUCACAUUUUUGGCGGUAGACGUAGAAAAUGGACGUCCAUUUGUUCAAGGUCCAUCCAAGAACAUCUUUUGCUAUGAUUUUGACGUGUUUAACCGACAAAGCAUUCAACCUUGGUCGAUUGCAUCAACUUCAACGCCCGGUCUUUUUGUGUUUAGCCUACUCGAUAGCGCUCAGCUUUACUCACUCGAUAUACGAAAUGAAAAUACAAUAAUCAAACAAUUCAUGACGACACCUGUAGCCUACUGUCCAUAUCUACUUUUUCAUCCGCAAUCGAACACGCUCUUUGUCCACGAUACGACACAAGUCUUGGCCGUAUCAUCUGCUGAUGGAACAACUGUCAAACUUGCCUUACCACUGGUCGAGAAGGAAAGCGCAAUCGCUGCAAUGGCUAUUGACAAAACUGGACACGUUUACAUCUUGUCUGGUUUGACAAUUUUCAAAUGUACCUGGGAAUCGCAGCUUCACCUCGUCGAACGCCUGGAAAAAAUCGGCAUGCCGUCCACUCAUGCGCAAAUGGUUGUCACAGGAACGGGUACUGAAUUCUAUUUAGCAGACAUGGAUGCUGGCUGCAUUUGUCGAUGGAAGAAAGAGUCAACAUGA